CGUAACGCGCAAGGAGCGCGGAGCGCAUGCUCGGGCUUCGCUCCACUGCGACUGCGCCUUGGAAGCCAUCGGCCACCGAUUGUCCUUAUCAAUGUCGAGAGUUUACUAGAACAAGUGGCCCAAAUACGCGGAUUUUCAUACAAUUCGAGAAGAAUCCCAUAAAAAUCAAUCGGUGUCUAUAAAAAGAAAUCUUGAUUGGAAAAUGUAUUAAAUGUAAACAUUGUGUACAGUAGGGGGCCAAAUUAGAUUAAGUGUUUCUGAUGUGCUACCGUACUGGUAUUUUCGUGUUAUUACUGCUGUUAAUAUCCUUGGAUUCCAGGGAUUGUUCUUCCAAUAUACAAUAUGACGUUGCUAGUAAAAUAUCCUUUAACACCGUUCAAGCAUGGGCAGUUAAGCUUGGAACAGAAUUAUAUCACUUCGGAGAAUUUAUUACGAGAAAGAAGGAAGUUCAAGACAGCUUUAAAUCAGCACAGAUUGAAUCAAGAGAUGGGGAAAAAUUGGUUCAGAACAUGGCAGACGAUAUACGUGCAAUGAUGGAACUUAAAAUAAGCGCAGUUAAACGAAUUGUGGAAGCGGCAGAAAAUAUGGCAUUCGAUAAACAAAAUGAACCGGUACCUGAAGAUUUUCAGUUCUACAAUAGCAAAGAAAUGGAAGACCUUUACGAAGACCAAUCUUUGACGACGACUCCUGAACCAGAAUUUACCAUGGAAAACUGGAUAAUACGACCUCCGUCAAAAAAUGCACAUUUGCUACAAAAUCCUCACUUUUCUAAUAUCCCUGUUAAUAUUAACAUUAGUAGUGUCCAUGUCCCAACAAACGUAUACACCUGGGCAACUGAAGUCAUCAAAGGUAUUCACUGGUCAGAAGGUUUAGAUACACAUUUUAUUAACAAUUAUCAAAGCGAUCCAACGUUAUCUUGGCAAUACUUUGGUAGCUCAACUGGGUUUAUGAGACACUAUCCUGCAAUGAAAUGGCGUGCUGAUCCUGUUGAUAUAUAUGACUGCCGCACGAGAGCUUGGUACAUGGAGGCAGCUGCCAGCCCUAAGGAUGUUGUUAUUUUAGUUGAUCGUAGUGGGUCCAUGACAGGCCAAAGAAGGGAUAUAGCCAAACACGUAGUCACCAAUAUCUUAGAUACUCUUGGCAAUAAUGAUUUUGUUAGCGUUAUGACUUUUGCCGAUACUGUGGAGGAAAUUGUACCGUGUUUCGAAGAUUCUCUUGUUCAAGCGACCUUAGCAAAUCUACGGGAAUUAAAAUUGGCAUUAGAUAAUUUUGAAACAAUGGAAAUAGCUAAUUUCUCGGCAGCUUUGACAAGAGCGUUUGAGUUGUUAGAAAUUUAUAGAAAUAAUAGCGGUGGUGCCAACUGCAAUCAGGCAAUAAUGCUCGUCACUGAUGGCGUUCCGUACAACUACAAGGAGUUAUUCGAAAGAUUCAACUGGAAGUACGAGACCCCAGUGCGGGUGUUCACUUAUCUGAUAGGUCGCGAGGUAAAGGUAGCGGACGUGAGGGAAGUGAAGUGGAUGGCUUGUGCGAACAGAGGGUUCUAUGUGCACUUGAGUACGUUAGCUGAAGUACGGGAGAGGGUACUGGAGCAUGUCAACGUAUUGGCGAGGCCGUUGGUACUGCAGCGAGAAAAACAUCCUGUUGUCUGGACUCCUGUCUAUGCAAAUGUUACGGAUCCCAAAGUGGCAGAUUAUUUAUGGGAGCAACGUGAGAGAGCUGAGCAAAAAGAGAGGUUUAUGAGUCAGCGUAGGGACAAGGCGCUGUUUAAUUCGGAGAAGGAACAAAACAGACGGUGGAAAAUAACUCAGAUGAAACAGGGUCAGUAUAGCGAACUUGGAAAUUCUAAAUACCAACUGAUGACGUCUGUUUCGAUGCCUGUUUACGAUUUGCGACACAAUGAGAACAUCACAGAGAAUGUACUGAUAAAUGAAGCUUACUGGGUAUCAGUUACAAAAGAGUCCGUAGAGGAGAACGGCCAGAAGGAGAUGCGUAUAGCGAGAUUACUAGGAGUGGCAGGAACUGAUGUUCCCCUUUCUGAAAUUCAAGCCUUGAUGACACCAUACAAGAUCGGCGUGAAUGGCUACGCUUUCAUUGUGACUAAUAAUGGAUACAUUUUAAUACAUCCUGAUCUACGGCCUGUUUUUCAACAAAUCUUAAAACCGAGCUACAACAGUGUGGAUAUGAUUGAGGUCGAGUUGUUUGAUGACGACAGGAGCCCUAGAAACUUCAGCAAAGAAUUAACAGCGCUCCGUAAGGAAAUAAUUGACCAAAAAACUGGAAACAAACUGAUGAACAUAAAAUACCACAUGGAAGACAUGAAAAGGGUAUCACGUGGCAAAAGACAUUACUAUUGGACUGGUAUAAGUGAUUCACCGUUUACUCUCGUUGUGUCGAUACCCGAAAACUAUGGUCGUCAUCGCAUAACGCCUCCUCCGACAGAUGAUAUUCACCGUCUAUCGUUAACGUCUAAAAAUAUAUCCGCACGCCAAUAUCUGUCCAAUAAGUGGAGCGUUCAUCCCGAUUGGUUGUAUUGUCGUCACUACGAGCGAACAUUUUCAUCUCCGGAAGCUGAACUGCUCUAUUUCUUGGAAAGGGUCGCAAGGCCGGGCUGGCGUUGGCCCGCUAAGCCGCGACCUCCUGAACACCACAAGAACAAAGGACAUGAGCGGCAUAGUGAAGGUACAGAAGCAAGAGAAAGAAAUAAAUCACCAAAUAUUGCUCCACGAAAUGAAUAUUAUUGCGACCAUGGAUUAAUGCAGGCUCUGGUGUAUGAUGCUAGAAACACUGCAUGGUUUAACAAAAGCAUAUCGGAUUCUGCAUCAGAUGAUAAAGCGGCGGAGUUUAUUCAACGUUUUGGAUACAUAGUUGCUUUCCUUGCAACGCACAGCGGCUUGACACGCUGGCAAACUCAUCCUUCAAGGGACUACGAUGACAAACCUGAAUUCGGCAAGCAAUGGCCUCGUGCAAUAGACGAGGUGUGGUAUCGUCGAGCCGUAGAACAGCACUACGUGGAUCCCCUCAGCUUUGUUUACAGUGUGGAUUUAAGUACAGAGAAGUUUCCUUUGAACGUUAGUUCUGCUAUGGUUACGGCAUCACACGCUGUGUUCCAUGGUGACGGACAUAGAAAAACACCAGCGGCUGUUGUCGGCUUCCAGUUUAAGCAUGAACGAUUGAGUGAGUGGUUCGAAAACAUUACGACAUCGUGCGAACACAACAAGGAAUGUGUUACAUGCUUGUCAGAUAAUUGGGACUGCUUCUUAGUAGACAGUAAUGGAUGGAUCGUUGUCAGCAAAGACACAACUCAGACUGGUCAAUUUUUUGGCAAGAUAAGACCAGACAUUAUGAUGCGGUUAGUUGAAGAGGAUGUAUUUAAACCAGUCCAUAUUAUCGAUUACCAAGCCGUCUGCUUCAGGGAGAAGAAAACUACAAAUCCUGCAUCUUCAUUGUUAACGCCCUUGGAAAACUUAAGGCUUAUAAUGGCGUGGUUCCUUGCAACAACCGUCUGGAUUUACAAUUCAAUAGCAGUCGGAUUGGCUCAAGCUUCAAGUUACUCUUUCGACUAUGAGUUUCUUACACCCACUGUUGCCUACCAGAAUUACGAGAAUGACGAAGACACUGACGACCCAUCUAUGUCAAAACCACCAACGCGUAUGCUGGAGAGAGAUUUCGAGAAGCUUGUCCUUAUAAAUCGGACGCGGCCGACGCCUUGCGAUAGAGAAAUGUACCUUUAUCAGUUAGAUUACAAAAAUCUCGACGAGAAACUGAAUAAGCCAGUGCGUGAAUGUGACAGACCAUUCUAUGCGCAGUUAGUUAAUUACACGAACAUGCUGCUAGUUGUUGUUGACGCGAUGUGCGCGAAGGUUGAAGUACCCAUAUUCUCGAUAGAUGCGACCGAAGUCCAGUACAAUGAAUCCUUGCCUUGCUUAAAGCACAUGCAUCCGUUGUACAGAAAACAACCGAACUCUUGCAUUCGGAACCAUACUGAAGAGAGUAAUAUUGACAUGUGCGGGCGCGGUAGUCUACAACAGAAGAACAUACUUUGGGUAACUCUAACCAUAAUUAUAAUCCUUCACUACUUCUAAUUUAAAGCAAACAUAGCCAAAGUCAUUUAAAAGAAUAUUUAUUAUCUGUUUCCUAAAAUUUUAUUAAGAGCAUUUGUUGUAAAGUUCAAUAGAUUAUAUUUAUAAGUGUUUUUCAUAUAACUGCAUUAAUUUAUUUUGAAAUAGUUUAUAUUAUACCUAAUUACAGUAAUUGAACAUGUCAUGCUACAUAUCAAUAAGUAAUUAUUGUAUUCCUAUUACAUAUUUUAAAGAUUCUUCAGAUGUGGAGGAUUAAAUCAUAUCAACUAGUAUUAUCACUUUUACUAAUAAUUCUUGAAUCUUCAGAGUUCUAUUGAUUUUAAUUGUACAUAAAAUUUUAAUUAACUAGUAUAAUUCGAAUUUCAAUAUGACAAAUAAACGCUUAUUUAUUAAAUUAAAUUUACUUUUUUUUCGUCUAAUUACACAUAAAAAAGUAUCAAUUUAGAUGGUUAAAUAAGUUAAAAACAAAAUACAUUACGAUCGAUAUUUUACUAAUUUAUUUAAACUUUUUUAUUAUUUUCGAUUUGUGUGAACAUCUUUCCUCUCGCCAUCAGAUGCUACUAACCCAUUUUCCAAGAGGCUAUGAUGUAAAUGUUGCUUAUUGCCAAGGUGAGAUCUUAUAUGUUAUAUGUGACUAGUGUAAGACGUUCGUUUUUGUUAUUUUAUUUAAUUUUCAUCAUUUAGUACUUAGAUUAUAAAGAAAUGUACUUAGCAGAGUUUAUGUUAAUUUAUAGUAAUUAUUUACCUAAUAAGCAUUAAAUAUAGAUUGUAAUAUUUUGAAUAUCUUAUGUAUAAAAUAUUUUUAAUAUUUAUUCAAAAUAGUUUUUCGUUUUGU